UAAUGGAGUCACCACUGUUACUCCACUCGCCAGAAUGUUUUCCUCACUGUCGAAACCCUUCUCCGCCCCCACCGUUAGGUGCCCGAUUCCGUCGCCGGCAUCUCACCGCCGCUCAUUUUCAGUCGCCGCCGUGCAGAUGAACACCAAGGAAGCGAAGCUCUGGGGCGGGCGGUUCGAGGAGAGCGUCACUGACUCAGUCGAGAAAUUCACUGAGUCGAUAUCGUUCGACAAAGCUCUCUACAAGCAUGACAUCAUGGGCAGCCGCGCCCACGCUUCCAUGCUCGCUCACCAGGGUUUGAUCACGGACGAUGAUAGGGACAAGAUUUUGGACGGCCUGGAUGCGAUUAAGAAGCAGAUAGAGAGAGGAGAGUUCGAAUGGAGGACUGAUAGAGAGGACGUACACAUGAACAUUGAAGCUGCGCUUACUGAUUUGGUCGGCGAGCCUGCGAAAAAGCUCCACACUGCUCGGAGUAGAAACGAUCAAGUUUGCACCGAUUUUCGACUCUGGUGUAGGGACGCCAUUGAUGCUAUUGUUUUACGUAUUAAGCAUCUUCAGGUAGUGCUGCAAUGGUGAAUCUUGGGUCUGAUAGUUCCAGGGUAUACGCAUUUGCAAAGGGCACAGCCUGUUCUUCUGGCUCAUCUUCUUUUAGCAUAUGUUGAGCAGCUCGAGCGUGAUGCAAGCCGUUUGCUGGACUGUCGUGCGAGAAUGAAUUUCUGCCCCCUUGGUGCCUGCGCAUUAGCUGGCACUGGCCUGCCCAUUGAUAGGUUUAUGACUUCCGAGGCUCUAGGAUUCACUGCACCUAUGAGAAACAGCAUUGAUGCAGUUUCAGAUCGAGAUUUUGUGAUGGAAUUCCUUGCUGCUAAUUCCAUCACAGCCAUCCAUCUCUCUCGUCUCGGCGAGGAAUGGGUAUUAUGGGCAUCAGAAGAAUUUGGCUUUCUCACACCAAGUGACUCUGUUUCAACUGGAAGCAGUAUAAUGCCUCAGAAAAAGAACCCCGACCCAAUGGAACUUGUCCGAGGCAAAUCCGCCAGAGUUGUAGGUGACUUGGUUUCGCUUCUUGUAUUGUGCAAGGGACUUCCUCAAGCAUACAACCGUGAUUUACAGGAAGACAAAGAACCUGCAUUUGACAGUGCGAAAGCAAUAAUGGGAAUGCUUGAAGUGUCUGCAGAAUUUGCAGAGAACAUCACAUUCAAUCAGGAGAGAAUUCGUAAUGCUCUGCCAGCUGGUCAUCUUGAUGCAACGACACUUGCGGAUUACCUUGUCAAAAAGGGAAUACCUUUCAGAACUUCCCAUGAUAUUGUCGGAAGGGCUGUCGGUUUUUGUGUGUCGAGAAAUCGACAACUCGAACAUAUGACUCUCACUGACCUCAAGAGUAUAAGCUCGACGUUCGACGAAGACGUUUACGAUUUUCUUGGAGUCGAAAAUUCAAUUAAAAAUUUCAGUUCAUAUGGCUCCACAGGCUCGGAAUGCGUGUCUAGUCAACUCGAUUACUGGGUCACUAAGUUAGACUUGGUCAGAAAAUGAGAGGGAGCUAAUCAUGUAUGUGGCUCAAAUUAUUAUUAGAGAAUUUAAUUGUUUUUAGUUUUUUAAGAUUUGAUGAUAUUCAUUAAAAGACUUUGAUAUAUAUAUAUAUUUUUCUUUUUUAAGUUUUGCAAUUUGUUUUCUAAAUCCCUCUCUUACACGGAUGAUUUGAUUAAUUUAAGCAUUUUGUUUAA